AUGGAGAAAGUCAGUCAAAGCUCCAUUGGAUCCAUGGAUACCAGGUCAAGCGCUGAAUACCAUCCAUCUAGCAUUAUUUGCGACACUCGUGCACUGCCACCCGUGAAUUCGGACCCAAAGGCGGAUGGAGCACUCUUCAAGGAAACGGAUCCAUUUGUCGACGGUCCUAUCUCCGUGGAUCAUGGGUUGAAUUUCAGAGUUGGCAAGGGUACUUUCCUGAACUUCAACCUACUUGUUCUCGAUACUUGUUUGAUUACCAUCGGGGAGAACGUGUUGUUUGGCCCGAAUGUGUGCAUUUAUGGGGCUACGCACCCGAUGGACCCGGCUGUUCGACGAGGUUUAAAGGGACCAGAAGGUGUCAGGAUUGGAAAGGGGAGCACAGUUGGAGCUGGCUCAGUAGUCACCAAGGAUGUUCCUCCGUUUCACUUUGCUGCCGGCAAUCCCGCCAGAGUCAUUCGUCGGAUCGAGACAAGUAUGGAUCCCGAACAGCAAAAAUGA